AUGUUGACCGCCCUGCGUCGGAAAAUUCGGUUUGGAAUGCAGCGCACAGUUUUAAUUGCGGUCCUGCUGGCGGUGGGCAUUUUCAGCUACGCCUUCCUCAAUCUCAAGUUCUGCUUCAAAUUGAUGUCCCACCGGAGCCUCAACUUAAUGUGCCAGAAGUUUGAAAAGCAUGAGUACAGCGGCUCCCUGUGUGAAGAGCUUUGUGGUUCCCAAUCUUCCUUCGACAACUUCCAGUGUCCCCUAAAUGAUAUGAAAACUAUACUCUUUACGGCCGAGAAGAACGGAGAUACGUAUGCGGUGAAGCUGGCCCGGCACAAUGAUGACGAACUGAGCUGGACGAACAACAAGGGAGAGUCCAUAUAUCCCAAGAUAGAGGAAUUCCAUGAGAUCGUUAAAUUGCACAUCAUACUUUCCUAUAAUGUUACGCUGGAUGAUAAUAUGAUCCGGGCUUUGGUCAACCAGGAAAUAGCGGAUGAUAACUCACAGCAGAUGGUCAGUUUCUGGAGGCUGUUCAAGGACAACAACUACAUGAUGGGCAAGCUCUUCGACGAGGAGUCCAUAUUCCCGGCUGUUCUGGGCUCCUGUGGGCCAUACUAUGCCACAGAGGGACUGCAGAUCGUGCAGUCCAACCCCAGCAUAAUGCAGUAUCUCGCCUCGAAUCGCUUGCAGCGCCUGAAGCACGCCCUCAAUAUUAUGGAAUACAUUUUCCGGCUGGAUGAAAUGAAGCCGGAACCACUGAAAAUGUGCAAGAUGCAGGUGAACCGCUUCGGCACCGCCUCCGAAAGAAGACUAAAGUACCAGAGCGCGGAGCAUGUCUAUGUGGAGAGCCAACUGGACAAGCGAUUGUCCAGGGGCGUCAAGUGCCACGCCCACCAGGACUGCCACUUCCACUCCUGCCGAGGGAUGUGCGACGAGGAGAAGCAGUCCUGCACGCACAUCCAGCAGAACAACAACUUCCAGAUAUUCUGCGAGCACAUCCUCCUGGGCGGUGGGACCUUCCAGCCCGGCCUGCUCAGUGGAGUGCGCCUCUCGAAGGCGCUCCAAAAGCUGGUCAAGAUGUGCGUCCAGCCGCCCAAGGAGCACCAAAUGCCAGGACGCCAGUGGGCGCCCAACAUGCAGCUCGCCCUGCGGCUCUACAACGAGCUGAAGCAACUGCACCAGGCAGCGGCUGCGUCCGCAGGAUCCGAGAUUCCCGACGAGGGGCAGGCGCGUCGAGGAGUCUGAAAGCACCCGGGUGUCCUGGAAGCCCAGGAAUUUUUUAGGUCCGGCAAUCGGCAGAAAGUAGAUCAAUUGGCGCACAGCUGGCUCAACACUGAUAGCAUUUUUAUAACUAGUCUUAAUUUAUUAAACCCAAAUAAAUCAGAAAAUGCUUUUCAUUGACUACAAACA